AUGCUCGGCAACAUCUCUCUCGAAGAAGCGUACGAGUUGCCAGCCAGGGCAGAUUCCAGUCGGGACCAAGCCGCCUUGUACAGUGAUCCCAACGAUCUCGAACGCUACCUUCGCCAGAUCAAGUCCUUCACCGACGAACGCAUCGAGCUGUCCGAUAAACAUGGCAUUGGCUACACCAUAAUCUCUCUCACAGUUCCAGGGAUUCAAGGAAUCGUGGAGAAGAAGAGGCGAGUGGCUGGAGCCCAGAGUGCUGAACAAGAGGCAACGAACACCAAUAAUUUCGCUUUCGAGCAGAUAAAAAAUCACCGCAACAAAGUCGGGGCAUUUGCCUGCCUCUCCAUGCACGAUCCUCAUCAGGCCGGCGAGGAACUUCGCCGCUGUGUCAAUGAGCUUGAAUUUCACGGCGCCUUGCUCAACGACGUCCAGCAUGCCGGGCCUGACGGCGAGACUUACCUCUUCUUCGAUCAACCCGAGUAUGACGCUUUUUGGAAAGUUGCAGAAGAGCUAGGUGUCCCAAUGUACAUCCACCCUGCAGCUCCAGUGGGCCAACGAUACGAUGUGCUGUACAAGGAGCGAAAGUACCUCGUUGGUCCACCCUUGAGCUUCGCCAAUGGCGUGUCUUUACACUUGCUGGGAAUCAUCACCAACGGCGUGUUUGACCGGUUCCCAAAGCUUCAGAUCAUCGUUGGUCACCUGGGCGAGCACAUACCCUUCGACUUCUGGCGCAUCAACCACUGGCUGGAAGAUGUUGAAAGACUGCUCGCCGCUCGUGCGCAUGAUCGAUUUUGCAAGAAAGAUUUACUUUACUACUUCAAGAACAACAUCUACAUCACGACCAGCGGAAGCUUUAGCACUCCCACGCUCGAGUAUCUGGUCAAGUACGUUGGCCAUGACAGGCUGUCGUUCUCCGUCGACUAUCCUUACGAGACGAUCGAGAAUGGCUGUGGAUGGUGGGACGGAGAUAAGAAGGAGAUUGAAAAAGUGCUGGGCGGGGAGAAGGCAUACUACGACGUCGGGAGAGAGAAUGCGAAGAAGCUGUUCAAGGUGGAUGGAUACUACCAGUCUGAUGCUUAG